CUCAAUCUUCAUCCCAAACACGCUUUUUUAGACUUUUCAAUUGCAAGAAGGCAAGAAUGAUUAAACCUUCAGAAGGAACGCGAGAUGUCUCUAGUGGUGGUUGUAAAUCACUUAAUCUCAACCACGUCCUCCUUGCUUCUCUUGGUGGUCUUGCCGCCGCUGCCGCUGCUUUUGCCGGAGAAUCUCUCCUUCGCCGCAGGAGAACUCAUCAAGGUGAUUUUAUGGGGAACAAAGAUCAGAAAAUAGCUCCUUUGAUUGAGAGAAAAGAUUCAAGUCGACGAUCAAACCUAGAGAGAUUCUCUUACUAUGUUGCAAGGCAGCUAGGAAUUGAGGAUCCAAAUGAAUGCCCACAACUAUGCAAACUGGCAAAUGCAUAUUUGAUGAAAACAAAAGGAUAUGAUGAGAAUGUGUAUGCGUAUUUGGUCAAUGAAGCUGAUGCUGAUUCUCUCUAUAUCCAUCUCCUUGAAGAAUUCGAAAGAUGCAUUCUCACGUAUUUUGCUUUCAACUGGACUCAAUCGUCCAACCUCAUCUCUCAGAUAUUAAGCGACGAGUCGGAUCAGAAAGUACCAAAACUCAAGGAUUUCGUGAUGGCAGCAACAAGGAAACAGAGGUUCGAGAGAGUAACAAAUGAUCUAAAGGUGAAAAGGGUAUUUUCAACAUUAGUAGAAGAGAUGAAAGCCAUAAACAUCGGCAGAAGCGGCAGUAGCGGUGAGCCACAUUGUACGGAAGUGAUGUCUCCGGUGGCUCAUAACAAACGGAGCCCCGUUCUCCUCCUCAUGGGCGGUGGAAUGGGCGCCGGAAAAAGCACCGUCCUCAAAGAUAUCCUCCAAGAGCCGUUUUGGUCAGAGGCAAGGGGCGACGCAGUGGUGAUAGAAGCUGAUGCGUUUAAGGAGACUGAUGUUAUCUAUAGAGCUCUUAGUUCUAGAGGUCACCACGACGAUAUGCUUCAAACUGCUGAAUUGGUGCACCAAUCAUCUACUGAUGCUGCAUCGUCCUUACUAGUAACAGCAUUAAACGAAGGACGUGAUGUGAUAAUGGAUGGAACCUUAUCAUGGGAGCCAUUCGUGGAACAAAUGAUAACAAUGGCUAGGAACGUCCACAAACAUAGAUAUAGAAUGGGCGUAGGCUACAAGGUGUCUGAAGACGGGACAACAACCGAAGAAUAUUGGAGAAAAGAAGAAACCGAACAAAAUAGGAAACAACAAAACUUGAAACCUUAUAGAAUCGAGCUGGUCGGUGUAGUUUGUGAUGCUUAUCUCGCCGUAGUAAGAGGCAUACGGAGAGCUUUAAUGGUGAAGAGAGCAGUGAGAGUGAGAUCUCAGCUCAAAUCACACAAGAGUUUUGCUAAUGCAUUUCCAAAGUAUUGUGAGCUUGUUGAUAACGCUAGGCUUUACUGCACAAACGCUGUUGCUGGUCCUCCAAAGCUUAUAGCGUGGAAAACUGGAGAUAGUAACCUUCUGGUGGAUCCAGUGGAGAUUGAAUGUCUGAAACGGGUCAGCAAUCUUAACCCGGAUGCAGAAUCCAUUAACGAGCUUUACUCGGAUCCGAGCGUAUUAAGCAAGCCCGGUUCAGUUUGGAGUGAUGUCGUUUUAGCCCCAUCUAGGCCAACGCUUCAGAAGCAACUCACCGAUGCCAUCAAGAAAAUCGAGAAGGUCCAAGCGACAAAGUGAUGUAUUGUUAAUUAGCCAUUAAAAAGUUGUUGUCUUUUGCUAAUUUCGAGCUAUUUUCUUUGUACGUACGUUUCUCUUAUUUUUUGUGCUAGUCUAAAUAACUUAAUAAAUUAGUAAACGGAUUUUGCAAAUUUUUAGCUACUUCAUAUGCGUAUUUGAAC